GGCUGUCCUUCCCUCCUGUGUUCACGUAUGGCUCCUGCUGCUUCCCAGCCACCAGUCUGUCGCUCUAGAUGCAGUGGGAAAAGAACGGAUCCAGAGCAAAGAGCUUCCAGACCACUGCAAAGCCAGUGCAUUUGUGAAGAGCCGGGCUGGGGUAGGUAGGGGAGUAAAACCUGGGAUCCAACAGGAAGGCAACGAGAGGGGCGGGGCCAGCGAGCAGCCUUGAAAUAAGGCUCAGGCAGAGCUGUUGCUUUCAGGUUUCCUGUUGCACCAGACUUGGGGGGAGUCUCCUGCAACAUGGCCACUUCCAAGAGGUUUCAGACGCUUCAGCAGCUUCAGCAGGAGGAAGGGACUGUAUUCCAGGUGGUGGGAGACCUCAGCAAGCUGCCCAAGUGGUUCCACACCGAGUAUCUGAGGGGUCCGAAAGCACUUCACCUGGAUGCUUGGCUGGUGGAAGCGAUAUUUGGCCAGGAUGGAGAGCACAUCCCACACGUGGAGUGUGUGACGCACACCCUGCUGCACGUGAAUCAGUGGGACCCUGAAGGCGAAGCUGAGAUCCUUAUAUUUGGGCCGCCUUAUUACCAACAGGAUGUAUCCAGCAUGAUCUUGAGACUGGCUGACCAUUGCCACAAGCACCUGCCACUAAGUACGGGAUGUGUUGGGAGAUCCUUGGCCCCUGCAGCUAACAGAGGUCACUCUACCCCUGUGGCGCGGUGUGCUGUCACAGGCAGGACUCCUCACCCAGCGGUUCUUCCAGAGCCAGCACAGGAGACCCAGUGUUCUCCGGUUGAGGUCUCUGAGGCUGCCACUCAGCCAGCUCCUGUGGAGGUCUUUGAAGCUGCCACCCAGCACAUUCCUGUGGAGGUCCGGGAGGCCUCUACCCAGCAUUCUCUCAUGGAGGUCCAAGAAGCUUCCACCCAGCAUUCUCCCCUGGAGAUCCUAGAGGCCUCUACCCAGCAGGCUCCAGUGGAGGUCCAUGAGGCUGCCACGCAGCAGCCUCAGGUGGAGGUUAGUGAGGCCUCCACCCAGCAGGCUUCCAAGAGGGUUGGUGAGGUCUCCACCCAGAAGACUCCCAUGAAGGUUGGUGAGCCUUCUACUCAGCAGGUUCCUGAGAAGGUCGGUAAGGCCUCCAUCCAGCAGGUUCCUGUGGAGGCCACAUCCCAGAAGUUUCUAGAGGUUGUUCUUGAGGCGGGGACCCAGAAUUCUCCAGUGAAGGUUUAUGAGACUGGAACCCAGGAGUCUUUGGACAUGGUCCAGAAUGCCAGAACUCAGCCUCCAGGGCCUGCCUGGGAACCAGUUACCAGGUUAUGAAGACAUCUCUGACCCAGGAGUGAGAGGCAGGCUGAAUGUGGUGGUGGUACACAUCUGUAAUCCUAGCACCUGAAGGAGGGUCCCCAGCUCCAGGCUAGCCUGGCCUGAAUAGGGAGACCUGGUCCUUAACCCCUGUCUGUUUUGUUUUCAGUGCAAGUCUCCAGAAAUACAGUUUAAUUUAUGCCCUAUUACUUGGGGGAAAGAAUGGAGUAGGCUGAUUUUGUUUUUCCUUGCAAACACAGAUUGAAAAUAUUCUAAUAAAGAAUUGC